AUGGCUUUGGACAAACCGUUGUAUAUUCUGGCCCUUGUGUUGCUUUUCCUUGCAGAGGCUGGUGCUCAGCCCCAUGUUUCCCCUUCAGUGUGCGGCAUCGCCCGUCAAAACCACAAAAUUGUUGGAGGUGAAGAUGCUUCACCCAAAAGUUGGCCUUGGCAGGUUGAUCUGCAGCGCUCAGGCACACACUGGUGUGGGGGGUCCCUCAUCAGCAAAAAGUGGGUACUGACUGCCGCUCACUGCGUCACUGGAACAGAACCAUUCAUAUGGGAGGUUUUUCUUGGGCGGCAGAAGCUGACGGAUGGAAACACAAAAACUGAAGUUUCCAGAAAGAUCAGAAAAAUCGUUGUACACCCCAGAUUUAAUUCUUUAACCUUAGAUAAUGACAUUGCGCUGCUCAGACUCUCCUCAUCAGUGAAGUUUACAGACUACAUCAGACCAGUGUGCUUGGCAGAGAGAGGCAGCACGUUCAGCAAUGGCACCAACAGCUGGGUCACCGGCUGGGGAAAUGUAGCAGAGGGAGUGCCUCUACCUUAUCCUAAAACCCUUCAGGAGGUGAAAGUACCAGUUAUAGGAAACAGACAAUGCAACUGUUUGCUUGGAAAAGGACGUGUAACAGACAACAUGAUCUGUGCUGGAGUUCUUCCAGGAGGCAGUGAUUCUUGUCAGGAUGACUCAGGAGGUCCGAUGGUGAGUAAGCAACGCUCUCGCUGGAUCCAGUCCGGAGUUGUUAGCUUUGGGGAUGGCUGCGCUCGACCAAGUCUGCCUGGAGUUUACACCAGAGUGUCCCGUUACCAGUCCUGGAUAAACUCCAAUAUCAGAUUUAAUAAACCGGGUUUUAUGCCGUUUGCCUCCAGCGGAGUGGAUCCUGACAAAACCUUCAACUGUUGGAAAGCCAAACUUGGAUUUGUUUCUGAAACGGCAGCACAGAUGGAUUUUGCACUCAAACUCAUAAUGGCUGGAAAACUGCUGCACAUUUUGGCUUUGGUGAGCCUUCUUUAUGCAGAAUCACAUGCACAGCCUAAUGAGUGCGGCAUCGCUCCUCAAAACCCCAAAAUAGUUGGAGGUCAAAAUGCCUCACCUGGAAGUUGGCCAUGGCAGGUGAGCCUGCAGAGAUAUGGUAGGCAUUCAUGUGGAGGUUCCCUCAUCAGCAGAAACUGGGUGCUGACGGCUGCUCACUGCGUCGAUCGUACAAAUCCAUCCAGGCUGCAGGUUUCUCUUGGUCUGCAGCAGCUGCAGGGUGGGAACACAAAUACCCAAGUAUCUGUUGGAGUUAGUAGCAUCAUUGUGCACCCAAAAUAUAAGAGGAGUACCAAUGACAAUGACAUUGCAUUGCUUAGACUCUCUUCUCCAGUGAAGUUCACUAAAAACAUCAGGCCGAUGUGUUUGGCAGCAAGUGGCAGCCAGUUCAAUAAUGGAACCCCUAGCUGGGUCACAGGGUGGGGAAACGUGGCACAGGGAGUGCCUUUACGACCUCCCAAAACUCUUCAGGAAGUGAAGGUACCAGUUAUAGGAAACAGACAGUGUAACUGUUUUUACAGAGGGAUUACAGACAACAUGAUCUGCUCUGGUGUUCUGUCAGGAGGCAAGGACUCGUGUCAGGGUGACUCAGGAGGUCCGAUGGUUAGUAAGCAAAGCUCUCGCUGGAUCCAGUCCGGAGUUGUUAGCUUUGGGGAAGGCUGCGCUCGACCUAGGAAGCCUGGAGUCUACACCAGAGUGUCCCGUUACCAGUCCUGGAUUAACUCCAACAUCAGAGAUAAUAAGCCAGGCUUUGUCCAGUUCACCUCCAGCGGAGUGGACCCUGACAAAAACUUUUCCUGUCGACGCUCGCCAUUUUUACCCAAAUAACAAGAUCAAGACCUACAACUGUGACUAACAGCAGUUUUAACACCAAGUGUCUGCAAAAAUCAAAGUUUUAAUUUAAGUGAAAACAAUAUUCUAAUUCUCAAAGUAGACAACAGUACUAUUGUAUACAAUAGCAAACUAUUUCCUUAAAUACUUCUGUCAUUGUCCGAAUGUUUGAUCUACCUUAGUGCCAACUGUAGAAUGCAAUUGUAUGAAGUCCUAUUUAUUCUGAUUACACAAAACAAAAC